CUUCCUCCUCUCCUGCGCCGCCGCCGCCGCUGCCCGCCGAGACCCCGCGAAACCCCCGCCGCGGCGAAAAUGGCCGGCCAGGAGUCGCUCACCCUGGCGGGCGUCUUGCGCGGCCACAACGACGUGGUGACCGCGAUCGCCGCGCCGAUCGACAACUCGCCCUUCGUCGUCUCCUCCUCCCGUGACAAGUCGCUGAUGGUGUGGGACAUCUCCAACCCGGCCCCCGCCGUCGCCACCGACCCCGACUCGGCGCCGCCGGAGUACGGCGUCCCGUUCCGCCGCCUCACCGGCCACUCCCACUUCGUCCAGGACGUCGUCCUCAGCUCCGACGGCCAGUUCGCGCUCUCCGGCUCCUGGGACGGCGAGCUCCGCCUCUGGGACCUCUCCACCGGCCGCACCACCCGCCGCUUCGUCGGCCACGCCAAGGACGUCCUCUCCGUCGCCUUCUCCGUCGAUAACCGCCAGAUCGUCUCCGCGUCUCGUGACAACACAAUCAAGCUCUGGAACACCCUCGGCGAGUGCAAGUAUACCAUCGGCGGGGACCUUGGCGCCGGCGAUGGUCACAGCGGGUGGGUCUCCUGCGUCAGGUUCUCCCCCAACCCCUUGAUGCCCACCAUCGUCUCUGGCUCGUGGGAUCGCAGCGUGAAGGUCUGGAACCUCACAAACUGCAAGCUGCGCACCAAGCUCGAAGGACAUGGCGGCUAUGUCAACGCGGUGGCCGUGAGCCCAGACGGCUCCCUGUGUGCCUCCGGCGGGAAGGACGGAGUCACCCUGCUUUGGGACCUGACUGAAGGCAAGAUGCUGUACAAGCUGGAGGCCGGCGCCAUCAUCCACUCUCUCUGCUUCUCGCCCAACCGCUACUGGCUCUGCGCCGCGACAGAGGACUCCGUCAAGAUCUGGGACCUCGAGUCCAAGCUCGUCAUGCAGGACCUCAAGCCAGAAGUGCAGGCCUUCAAGAGCCAGAUGCUGCACUGCACAAGCUUGAGCUGGAGCGCGGAUGGCAGCACCCUCUACACUGGCUACACUGAUGGAACUAUCAGGGUCUGGAAGGUCUCAGGGUUCGGCGGCUAUGCAAUCUAGAUGAAUUUAUUGGAAGGCUUAGGAAUCUUUGUUAAUUUAAACAUCGUGAUGCCGAUCCAGUUUUUGAUAGUCUGAGGCAGAUUGUCUGCCUGGUACUUUCUGCAUGAUUUACCUUUAUCAUUAGAUAUGCUAAUGGGCUUACCAGUACUAUGGAAGAGGAUUCUUCAUGCGGUGCUCAUGUUUUUGUUUUGGCUACUAGUUAAAGUUAUUACUU